AUGCAGGAAGCAUGUUCAACUUCCUUAGAAAUUGCUGACCUUUUUGAGAUAGAAUCUGACAAUAUUGAUAUAAUUGGUCUUAGUGAAACACAUCUGACCAAUAAUGAACACAGAAACUACAAAUACAAAAUACAUCAAGAUUGUGAAUUAUUUAGCUAUUGGAAUGUUCGAACAAAAAUUCCAAGAGAAGCAAUGGUACAAACAUUAUUACAAACCAACUAA